AUGGCAUCGAAGAAUAGAAACAGAGAUAAACAGUCCCUCAAAUGGACGGUGGUUCUAUGUGCUAUUAGUUUCUGCCUUGGCGUGCUCUUCACCCACAGAAUAUGGGUGAAUCCUCUGUCAUCAGAGGACCAUAAUCUUUACGGCAGACGACAUUUGGGUGAAUCUAAGGUCAUUUCUGAUGAUGAUUGUGAGAGAAAUAAGGAACUAAUUCAUGAUGAUGAAGUUAUUAAAGAAGUCAAUAAAGCACACGAAGCCAUCGAAUAUUUGGAUUCGUCUGUUGCUAAGUUACGUUCGGAGUUGCCAUCAUCGAACAACAACAUUGGAGAUUCUGAGAAUUCAACUAACCAUGUUGACAUAAUAAGAAAAAAGGUAUUUAUGGUGAUUGGUAUAAACACGGCAUUUAGCAGCAGAAAGAGACGUGAUUCCGUAAGAGAAACAUGGAUGCCUAGAGGUAAAAAUAUGGUUCAACUUGAGGAGGAAAAGGGCAUUGUGGUUCGUUUCAUGAUUGGUCACAGUGCAACAUCCAACAGCAUUUUGGACCGAGCAAUUGAUUCGGAGGAUGCCCAACAUCAAGAUUUUCUUAGGCUUCCACAUAUCGAAGGAUAUCAUGAAUUAACAGCAAAGACAAAAUCAUUUUUCGUAACUGCACUAGAAAGGUGGGAUGCUGAUUUUUACGUCAAAGUGGACGAUGAUGUUCAUGUAAAUUUAGGAACCUUAGCCGCAACUCUAGCACGCCACCGCACAAAGCCCAGAGUUUAUAUAGGGUGCAUGAAAUCAGGCCCAGUUCUUUUUCAAAAGAGUUUCAAGUACCACGAGCCAGAAUACUGGAAGUUUGGAGAAAUAGGGAACAAAUAUUUUCGACAUGCUACUGGUCAGAUAUAUGCUUUAUCCAAGGACCUCGCAGAAUACAUCUCCAUCAAUCGGCACAUUCUGCACAAAUAUGCUAAUGAAGAUGUAUCUCUCGGCUCCUGGUUCAUCGGUCUGGAAAUCGAACACAUUAACGAUGGUGGCAUGUGUUGUCAAACUACAAGAUGUGAUUGGCGAGGAGGAAUCUCACCUGUCUGUGCAGCAUCAUUUGAUUGGACUUGCAGUGGCAUUUGUAAAUCGGUGGAGAGAAUGAAAUAUGUACACAUGAUGUGUGGUGAAGAUGCUUCCACUCUCUGGGAUGCCCUUCUCUGA